AUGUUCAAAUACGUCGUAUUCGGUCUUUUGGUGGCUUCGGCCAUUGCCACACCAGCCCCAAGCUCUGCCUUGGAUUGCAACGAGUCAGAUGAUCAGUUGACUUGCUUAGCCGUCAAGGCUGCCGCUACCCUCGAGAGGGCCGCCAGGUCAGCUGACAUCGAAAUCAUCGAUGGAGUUACCCUCGUCAGAGACACCCCAGUCGAACGCACCGGAAAAGCAUUGAAAUCUGAAUCUGAAAUCAUUUCUGAAUUGCCAGCUGAUACUACUGGAAAAGCCAUGGCUGUCGCCACCAUGAUGUACGAAAAUGCUGCCAACUUCCUCCAAAGCCACAGCUUGAAGGUCGAUAUGUCAGAAGCUCGCACCAUCGAUGACAAAAUCUUCUCGCACUCCCACCUCACCCCAAGCAAGAAGCACAAGAAAUUGUUGUCUCCUCUGCUGUCCCUCAUCGGCCUCAAAGUCUUCGCUCUUGCUCCAAUUGUCCUCGGCAAAUUGGCUCUUUUGGUUGGCAAAGCCAUCUUCUUCAGCAAAGUCGCCCUUCUGAUCGCUGGAGUCCUUCUGUUCCAAAAAUUCUUCGGUGCUGGUAGCCAACUCGCUGGUGGAUUCCCAGGUGCCGGUCUGUUCGGCAAGAACAACGUAGCCCAACAGUACAACUACGAACCAUCUGCCUAUGCCCAAAAUCUGGCUUACUCUCCACUAAUUCCAUCGUAAUAAGUUCACACCUGCAGUAUAAAUACUUUAGUGCCUUGAUGGCAAUUUUAUUCAUGACACAUUGAAGAUUUUCCUUCCGCUGUUGAGUAUACGACUUUACUCGAGCGCGACGAAAAUCUCGUCCAAUGUUGCCUGACUCGACGACGACAACGACAAUUGACUACAACUGUGACUGUUCUGUGAUUUUAUCAAGUUUUUUUUCACACUAGUGACUAGUGAUAUUGUGUUAGGUGUUUUAACCAAAGUUUAAACAAGUUCAAAGUGACUAUAAGUGACUAAUCAAGUGACUGUUUUACCGAAAAUUUGAA